CAGUGCUUGGGACCGACAUGCUUUCAGAAAUCCAAAAUGGCUGCGUGCAGUAUAGAAGGCUUGCUUGCUAAAGCUGAACAAGAUGAGGCUGAAAAACUCAAAAGUAUCACCGUUCAGAAAGAACUGGACCUCGAGUUUGACAUUGGAAACUUGGUUGCAUACGACAAGAACCGUAUUGACAUUCGACUGUUUCGUGAACAGAAGAAAGAGGAUUUUCUGCGUUCGCUAGCUCGUGACAACACGCAGCUCCUGGUCAACGAGAUAUGGAAGCAUCCAACUGAGAGAGUUGAGGAGGUAAUCGUAGUCAAACUACCCGAGCCGACCACUCCACUGCCGAGAGAGAAGCCCCCACCAAAGCCCAGGCCUCCAACCAAAUGGGAGGAAUUCGCCAAACUGAAGGGGAUCCAAAAGAAGAAGAAAACUAACCUGGUAUGGGACGAUGUUGCCAAAGAGUGGAAGCGGCGUUGGGGCUACAAGCGUGUCAACGAUGGCACAAAAGAGUGGCUGAUUGAGGUUCCCGAAACGGCAGACCCUAACGAGGACCAAUUCGCCAAACGCAACAAAGCAAAGAAGGAGAAGGUGGCAAAGAACGAGCUGCAUCGCCUGAGGAACAUAGCCAGGGCACAGAAAAUCAAAGUACCAGGUGUUGGACUCACACCGACCGCCCAGCAAUCCAAAACUGACCUGGUUAGGGCUGUCAAUGUGGCCAAGUCAUCCACCGCUUCCGCAGGUAAAUUCCAAGAGCGCUUACCUAAGGAGAAAGCUCCCAGAAACACCGGGAAGAAGAGGAAAUUCCAGCCGGUCAUUGGUAACUUUUCCAAUGAAAAGCAGAGGCAUCUGGAUCUGCUGAAAGUGAUGGACAGUAAGAAACCUCGUCUGGACGUCAACAAAGCUGUAAACAAACAAAUGCGAGAGGAUGACCGAGAGGAGUCUGCAGCUAAAUUUAAGAAGGGGGGAAAGAAGGGGCGCAAGGGUGGUAACUUCUCUGGAAAAGGAAAGGGUGGUGGUGGGAAGGGCAAAGGUAAAGGAAGAGCAGGGGGUAAGGGUCAAGGACCACCUAGUGGUAAAAAAGGAGCUGGGAAACCAGGGAAGCGCUAAGGAGGACCUUUUGGAACUUUGCAUGUCAUACAUCAUACGUGCCUUGUCUCAGAUGUAUCGGACUGCACAAUAUGAACUGACUACUUCAUUAUGUCUCCCACCUGCACUGUCAUAUUGCUGGGAGCGAUUCCUGUUUUGUUUCCUCUUUAUGCAGGUCAGGUGCAAUAGGAGUGUAAGAGGGAAGGGGUCUUCUGUCCCAUCAUGCAAAUUUCUAAAUGGCUCACCCAUGAUGUUGUGUGAAAUGGAAUACAGUCUUUAUUUACCUCAUCAGUCCUCAAUUUGUUAUAGAUUUGUCAAUGCAAUGUACAACUUUUGGGUACAGAGUUAUGUUUGAUAUUUCAAAUAAAAAUCAACUUCAAAAAUA